GCAAACCUCAGAGAGUGCAAAGCAGAGAGCGCGAGAGAAAGAGAGUGAGCGCGUACUAAAACUAAGGGAUUAUUAUCGCAGCAUCCUAAUAAGAAAACUGGCUUGCCCAACGAGAGAGGGCGAAAUUCAACUUGAAAAGUGCUUUUGUUUUAAUAAAUAGUUGAGUUAAGUGCAGCCAGUUCAGUGGGUUUUAGUUGUGUUAAAUCGGCAGAAUGUGUAUGAGAGGGUGGAACUGGUGGGUGCUGGUGGGCAUCCCACUGGCUGUCCUGCCCACUCUCACGCAGGGAAAGACAGUGAAGUACGAGACAUUUGAGGAAGAUGCCCCGGCAACUGUCAUUGGAAACUUGGCCAAGGACAUUUCAUCCAGCCCCUCCUCCGGCUCCAAGACAAAUUUCAGGAUGAUGAAACAAUUCAACUCGUCUUUUAUCCGUUUGAGGGAGAGCGACGGACAGCUGACUAUCGGAGAGAGAAUUGACAGAGAGAGAAUCUGUAAACACACCCUUCACUGCCUCGUCGCCUUUGAUGUGGUAAGCUUUUCCAAAGAGCAGUUCAAACUCAUCCACGUCGAGGUAGAGGUCAAGGACAUCAACGACAAUUCCCCCGAGUUUCCACGGAAAGAGUCGAGUCUGGAGAUCUCUGAAAACACAGCGGUGGGCACGCGGAUCCCGUUAGACUUCGCGGUGGAUGAAGAUGUGGGGGUGAAUUACAUUCAGAGCUACCAGAUCUCCGUUAACAGUCACUUCACCAUAGACGUGCUCAGCAGAGCCGACGGGGUUAAAUAUGCGGAGCUCGUGCUCAUGAAAGAGCUGGACCGUGAGACACAGGCUUCCUAUGCGCUCCAGCUGGUUGCUAUGGACGGCGGCAACCCGUCCCGCACGGGAUCCACGCGCAUCAACAUCAAGGUGAAAGACUACAAUGACAACAGUCCCUUGUUCGACAGGAGCAGUUUUACAGUGGACCUCCCUGAGGAUGCACCAGUAGGGUUUCUCUUACUGGACCUGAACGCAGAAGACCCAGAUGAGGGGCUGAAUGGGGAGGUGGUGUAUGGUUUUGGUCACCAGGUGCCAUCCGAGAUAAGACAACUUUUCAGAGUAGACCGCAAAACGGGAAGGCUCACCCUCGAGAGCCCCAUUGACUUUGAGAGCAAGAAAACGUACGAAUUCAAUGUCCAGGCGGCUGACCUGGGUCUGAACCCAAGCCCGGCCAUCUGUAAGAUAGUGGUGCGGGUCCAGGACGUUAACGACAACGCUCCAGAGAUCUCCAUCACUCCUAUGACGUCCAUCACGGCGGGAAUCGCCUAUAUCACGGAGGCUGCAUCGCGCGAGAGUUUUGUAGCGCUGGUCAGCACCUCUGACAUGGACUCUGGAGCUAACGGACAGGUGCACUGUACGCUCUAUGGCCACGACCACUUCAGGCUGCAGCAGGCGUACGAGGACAGCUUCAUGAUAGUGAGUACGAGCCCGUUGGACCGGGAGAAGAUCCCUGAGUAUAAUCUAACAGUGGUGGCAGAGGACUUGGGCUCCCCACCGUUCAGAACCAUCACCCAGUACACCAUCCGGUUGAUGGACGAGAAUGACAAUGCCCCUGUGUUCAGUAAAUCGGCGUAUGAAGUGGCUGUGGUGGAGAAUAACACCCCGGGGGCCUACAUCACCACGGUGGUCGCCAGGGACAUGGACUUGGGACACAACGGGAAGGUGAUCUACAAGCUCGCUGACACGUACAUCAUGGGCUCCCCGGUGUCUACGUUUGUCUCACUGGACCCCGCGAGCGGCUCCAUUUACGCACUCAGGAGCUUCAACUACGAAGUCAUGAAACAGCUCGAACUCUGCAUCACAGCCAGCGACGGUGGGUCCCCACCCCUCACCGGAACCGCAAGCAUUCAUGUCAGGAUAGUGGACCAGAAUGACAACUCACCUGUCAUCAACCAGCCCGCACUAAAUAAUGGGUCCUCUGAGAUUCUGCUGCCCCGGGACGCACCCUCAGGCUACGUCAUCACCCGGGUGGAGGCGCGAGAUGCUGAUGAGGGCGUGAACGCAGAGCUGUCCUAUAGACUGGCAUCUGGAGAGGGUUCCGUGUUCUCCGUUAACAAGGCCACCGGAGAGGUCUACCUCAACCGCGAGCUCAGCCACGACGUGGACGAGACCCUGCGCAUGACCGUCACUGUGAGUGACAAUGGGAGACCUGCGCUCACUGCCACCGCCACGCUUCAUUUCCUCAUCAUUGUGGGCGCCCCGCCGAAUGACAGGACGGUGUACUGGGCAGGCAGCGGGGAGCACGCACAGUGGGACCUGUCAGUGGUGAUUAUCAUCGUCCUCGCGGGGAGCUGCACACUCCUGCUGUUAGCCAUCAUCCUCAUCGCCACCACCUGCAGCCGGCGGAAACGGGACAAGACUGGAGAUGACACCGACUCGUACGGGGAGAAGGAGACUCUGGAAAGGGGCAAGAACAUCAGCGACAAUCCACUGCUGCCUCUCCAUGGAACCGUGGGAGGGUUUGAAGCUCACACCUUCUCUAGCCAGCCCGGGUUUACUGGGGGACACACUGGCAGCAGCGACCUGUGCUCCACCUCUGAGGAUGGGAGAGAGGCACCAUGCGUCUACGAACCGGACAGUAAACCCAAGGGCUACUCCACUCUGCCCGGCUACGGUAACAACUACAAUAAUGGUAAAGAGGCAGUCAGACCAAUCACAAUCUGGAAGGGCAACUCCUACACCACCAUCUCCGCGAGAGACCCCGCGUUCAGCGGGAAGGACAGUGGGAAAGGCGACAGUGACUUUAACGACAGUGACAGUGACAUCAGUGGCACCGACCUGAAGAAGGAGGUGGUACUGGUACACCCCAUGGGCUGUCACAGUGGUCUAUGGGCAUGUACCAGUGAGUGUAAGGUUCUGGGCCACUCUGACCGCUGCUGGAGCCCCUCGGCUGUCCGUGCUCACAUUGGUCCCUCACUCGUUCCCACCCCCACCAGCCAGACUGUCUCCUCCUUCAACAGCUUUUCCAAGACUGCCUCGCUGCCCCGGGACUCGCUCCGGAGGGAUAACUAUUACCAGGCGCACAUCCCCAAAACAACAGGCCUGCAGAGCGUGUAUGAGAAGGUACUACAUAAGGAAUAUGACUAUGUCCUGGUCACUCCUCCCAGACCCUUGAGAGUUCAGGAGAUUAGUGACAUCACUAUCCCAGUCUAUAGUCCCACCACGACACGGUGUCCCAGCAAUGAAGUCUAAAAAAGAACUUAGUUCACAGCAUUCCAAAAAACGGUUUAAUUGAUAAAACCAUGUCAAUGAGAAUCACAUGUUGCUUACAAAUGUAUGAGAUUAUUGUGGGAAGAAUAUGUAAAUUAGUUUAUAUAUCCAAAAUAAUAUUUGUGUAUUUUGCAUUUUUAAGUGUUUCAUUGUAAAAGUCACAUUUGGAGUUUAUAUCCAGUCACUUUAAAGACUUUGUUGGACAUACUGUGUAAUUUAUGCAAGGAUUUGUAUAUAAAGAGUUUAUUUUUUAUAAAAAUCAUAAUUAAAAAUCGAAGAUGUGUACAUAUUAAUUGUAAUUAUACUCGAUUCUAAGGCAUGACUUCUAUUUAAAUGGCCCAGAAACCACGGUUUUAGGCUGGAGACCCAACGUACAAGUUGAUAAUUAUGUAUGAAUUCAUUUGAAUGCAAUAAUGUAAUAAUUGUUUAGAUUUUGUAUCACGAUAUUCGAAAGAAAAUAAACAUUGAAAUACUGUU